GGGUGGGGUGAGAAGCGGGACUUGGAGCCGCCGCCGCCGCCUGGGCAGCCGCCUGCAGAUCCUGCCUCGCGCCUGCGGCCGCCGGGACGAUGCGGCCGGGGCCCGGAGGCUGCUGCUGCCGCCGCCCGCUGCGGGCGAACGGCUGCGUGGCGAACGGGGAGGUGCGGAACGGCUACGUGAGGAGCAGCGCCGCCGCCGCCGGCCAGAUUCAUCAUGUUACACAAAAUGGAGGCCUAUAUAAAAGACCAUUUAAUGAAGCUUUUGAAGAAACUCCAAUGCUGGUCGCUGUACUUACCUAUGUGGGAUAUGGUGUACUCACUCUCUUUGGAUAUCUUCGAGAUUUCUUGAGGCAUUUGAGAAUUGAAAAGUGUCACCGUGCAACAGAAAGAGAAGAACAAAAGGACUUUGUGUCAUUGUAUCAGGAUUUUGAAAACUUCUAUACAAGGAACCUCUACAUGAGGAUUAGAGACAACUGGAAUCGACCCAUCUGUAGUGUGCCUGGAGCCAGGGUGGACAUCAUGGAGAGACAGUCUCAUGAUUACAACUGGUCCUUCAAGUACACAGGGAAUAUAAUUAAAGGCGUUAUAAACAUGGGUUCCUACAACUAUCUUGGAUUUGCACGGAAUACUGGAGCCUGUCAGGAAGCUGCUGCCAGAGUCCUGGAGCAGUAUGGCGUGGGAGUGUGCAGCACGCGGCAGGAAAUCGGAAACCUGGACAAGCAUGAAGAACUAGAGAAGCUUGUUGCGAGUUUCCUGGGAGUAGAAGCUGCUAUGACGUAUGGCAUGGGAUUUGCAACAAAUUCAAUGAACAUUCCUGCUCUCGUUGGCAAAGGUUGCCUGAUUCUGAGUGAUGAGCUGAACCACGCAUCACUGGUUCUAGGAGCCAGACUCUCAGGAGCAACCAUUCGAAUCUUCAAACACAACAAUAUGCAAAGCCUAGAGAAGCUGUUGAAAGAUGCCAUUGUUUAUGGUCAGCCUCGCACACGAAGGCCCUGGAAGAAAAUUCUCAUCCUUGUGGAGGGAAUAUAUAGCAUGGAGGGAUCUAUCGUCCGCCUCCCUGAAGUGAUCGCCCUUAAGAAGAAAUACAAGGCAUACUUGUAUCUAGAUGAAGCUCACAGCAUUGGGGCUCUGGGCCCUACAGGCCGAGGUGUGGUGGACUACUUUGGCCUGGAUCCUGAGGAUGUGGACGUUAUGAUGGGAACAUUCACCAAGAGCUUUGGUGCUUCUGGAGGAUACAUUGGAGGCAAGAAGGAGCUGAUUGACUAUCUGCGAACACAUUCUCAUAGUGCUGUGUACGCCACGUCACUGUCACCACCUGUGGUGGAGCAGAUUGUCACCUCUAUGAAGUGCAUCAUGGGGCAGGAUGGCACCACCCUUGGCAAAGAGUGUAUACAGCAAUUAGCGGAAAACACCAGGUAUUUCAGGAGACGUCUGAAAGAGAUGGGCUUCAUCAUCUAUGGAAAUGAAGAUUCUCCAGUGGUGCCUUUGAUGCUCUACAUGCCGGCCAAAAUUGGUGCCUUUGGACGGGAGAUGCUGAAGCGGAAUAUCGGUGUGGUUGUGGUGGGAUUUCCUGCUACUCCAAUUAUUGAGUCCAGAGCCAGGUUUUGCCUGUCGGCAGCUCAUACCAGAGAAAUCCUUGAUACCGCUUUAAAGGAGAUAGAUGAGGUUGGGGACCUGUUGCAGCUGAAGUAUUCCCGCCAUCGCUUGGUACCUCUACUGGACAGGCCCUUUGAUGAGACUACGUAUGAAGAAACAGAAGACUGAGCCUUUUUGGUGCUCCCUCAGAGGACCUCUCCCUCACCCGGGACAGUGUGUGGCCUUUCUGAGCCGGCUCCAGGAACCACACUUCUGUGGCCAUCUCACGUGAAAGACAUUUCCUCAGCUACUGAUGGUGGCCACCUCCACUUGAAAUGGCAUUUUGUAAAUAGUAGAAAACUGCUUCACAUCCUUCCUUUGCUACAUUUCAUCUUUAAAGAAAGAGGUGACUCACUUAGCUUUUUUGUCCAUUUAAAAGUGUUUUAUCUUACAGCUGUUCUACUUGUGAAGUCACACUGACCCCAGCCUGUCUCUGGCUAACCACACAGGCCAGUACCCUCUCUCGGCCACUUUACAGACUGGGGCCCAUCAGAAGCUCCUGCUGGCCCCGGCCCUGCAGGCGCGAGACUUGCCUGUCCCUCCUCCCUGGGGAGCAAGUGCCUUCCACUUACUUCCGUCCAGGUCUCAGAGGUCACCAGCCUGGGAAUCCUUAUUUAACCAGUCAGGUAACCAACCAAAGUGUUAAGUUAGUCUUAAGUUUAGGCAUUUAAGAAAAGCUGUAAACUCUCACAUUGCUGAAAUUCCCCCUCAUUGUGUCCCCUGGCCAGGUGCCUCCCGAGGGUUGGUCUUGUUCCAUUUUGUUCUGGUCACCGGAUGAUUUCUUCCUUCGCCAUCAAAUACUUCUUCAUAAUGGUCACCAUCUGAGGGUUUGUCCCAUUUCUGGAUUCUUCCCAAGCUCUAACCCAACACUCCUCCUAUUUAAAACAUCCCACCGUGGUCAGACCUCUGUGGUGAAGCUGACUCUCACCCCUCACUGUUCUGUCUACAGAGCUGCUCGCUAGAGUGGCCUGCCCUCCUGCUCGAGUGCGAGGGCAGGGGCACCGUGGAAGAACUGCUGACUGCUUGCAGACUGUCUCUGGUUGGGUUCUUAUUGCCUUCUGCUUUUCGAAAUUAUGACGGCCUCUGCCUGGGUCUGGGUCUAGAUUAGGAUUUAAGCUGGUAAAGGAGAAUGUUGGUAAAUCUCUGCUCCGAAGUCAUUUAUCAUGUUUCUAUUUAAGGAUUAAAGUUAUUAACUUACCCUAUUUAGAAGCUGACCCAUUUAAAUAUAACUCUCCGAAGUUCUACUUCUCUUUUAUUCUUAAUGUCUUAAGAUGAUUCUAACUGGCAUCUUGGGCUUGGGGUCUCCCUGUCCUUCCAUUAUCUUUUGUUUUUCCCAAGAAAUUCUGAACACAUACCUCUUUGCUAAACCAGGAUCCUCUGUUUUGACUCUGUUUUCGUACCAGGUAAGAGGACUUCUUUCAGAGAGCUUUAUACUGCUUGACCAAAGAACAAAUCUGAAAAUCACCAAGUUAAUGUUGUUACUUUUUCUGUUGACCAAAGCGUAAGUGAGGAGAAGUUUUGGCUUUAGUAUCCCCAAGCUCAGCUUGUCUCAGUCAGGUGUUAGAGGGGAAGGACUGGGAGCAGAAUGGAAAAACAGCGUGUGAAAGUAGUUCUGCACGUCUCUAUUUUUGAAAUCACUCCUUUUAUUGGUAAAAAUCCUCUGUCCAGGUUCUUCUGGGCAUCCUGGAUCGGCUGUGGAAAGUGUGUGCAGAGCCACAUAGCGGAGGCUGUAGGCAGUAUAACUGUUUGUGAGGUUUGUUUUCAUGUCCUAAAUUAUCUUUGGUCACUCUCAGCAUCUGAGAGCCUUAAGCCCCCGAAAUAUUCCAAGGUUUUAUUGUACUAAGAACAGAAAAGGGUGAAUAAAAGAACCAAGUAGAAAUGCAGGGACUAUAUUUAGCAUGUACAAGUUGAAGUAAAAAAGAGAUUUUGGCAACUAAGUAACUAGUCCUGUAAAAUAAAAUACAUUGCUCACCUUUCCUGCACAUCUAGUUCCUCACCAUAGAACCCACUAGAACACCAGGUGGCUUCUGCCCUGCAGUCACUAUUAAUGGGGUAGGGUUUGCAGGAGUCACAAACUUUAAGCAAUGAACUUACCCACUAGUUUUAUUUUGGCUUGCAUGAAGUCACUGCAAUUUAUAAUGUGAGUGUGGGCAUUUAAAAAUAUAUAUACGUAUCACUUUGCUAGUCCAAAGUUAUUUGAGGAUAAAUGUAGUUAAGUUACAAGUUUGUUUUGAAGAGACAAAACUCCUGUGAUCUAUCCAGGACCUCUGCUUUCUAGAGGACCAAACGUUACACACGCUCGUUGUCUCUUCUUGAAACUGUAAUGUAAGGCCAGGGUCCAGUCAUAUCACAUGUAUCAUAUUUAACCCAGCACUUGGGGAAAUACCAGCAUAUAUCAACACAGUCACUGAGAGUGAGGAGAAAUCUGGGACAGACAGGUAUUGUUUAGCACAUAGUUUGACACAGCCGAUUCAAGAAUCUGAUGGGAUUCAGACUGGCGUCUGCUAACUCUUACUACCAGAGCUCAUCACCAGAGUCAGCCAGGAGAGGUGCGACUAAUGCUUACUGCUUACUGCUUUUUCUCAUCCCUCCUUUUACUUGGCAUUGCCUUUAUCCACCUCAGGUUUGUAAGAGCUUUGCUUACAGAUCACAUCAGAAACCAGGAACUGAUAAGUAGGGGACAUUACCAUCCCCCACCGAGCGUGGACCCCGUGCAGUGCAGGCUCUCCUCCCACCUUCACCUUAGAAGCUUCCCCAGGAUGUGGUGGACAUUCUAGAGCAAGGAAACAUUGAAGGAGAACAUUUAGAAGCAGCGUCUUUGGAGCACUUUUUGAACUUUUUGCUUUGCUUUGGAAAAUGUUUUCCCUUUAACAAGCAUUCUAGUCUCCAGAACCCCACAGUACUGCUUGCUUGUUAGAAGAACUCGGCAUCUGAUCCGUUAGUCCCUGUCUUAAACUCUCACAGGAAGGUGAGCAUUUCACAUGGUCACACGUGCUUCUUCCUCACGUGGUCACGUAGGGUGAACAGAAAGAGCCCACACGGCCGUGAGGGCGGUGUGUUUGGCUGCUGUCCUCUCAGAAGCCAGGGAAUUGGGCACUCUUCCGGUGCCUGGUCUCUGGGACCCCUCCCUCUUGCCCUUGGCCUCUCUUUCUUUCUGUCCCUUCCAGGUCUUGAUCUUCAGAGUUCCCGCUCUGGGGAGAACUGAUAGGUGGUGGUGCUGUUGGGGGAUGGCUGGAUCAGACACCCAGACACCUCGUCCCCUCGGCGUCACAUUCCAGCAGGGGACGGGCAGCUUCCUUCUUCCCUGCCUGAGGGGGCCUGGACCUGAGUUUCUUACGACUCGUGCAGUCCGGCUGAAUUUUGUAGUGCAUGGUACUCUUCACUUCCUUCCUGUGAGCAGAAACCAGGGGGGAGAAUGGCUUACGUGGAGGGAUUUCUUGGCUUCUCAGGGAACGGGAAAAAAGGGAUGCCAUCUCCCACUGCCUUCCUGUUUCUCUCCCGGUAACCUGUGUGGUUGGAAGGGGGAGGCGAGCAGUGGGUUUCCUUGUAACUGUCUGCCUUUCUGCAGAUCAAGAACUGUUGAGCAUUUCACACGGGUGGAAGCAGCGGAGCCCAAAGGCCUUGCGAAGAGGAGUCAGGGAACUCAGAGGGUUCUUCCUGGCUCCUGAGCCGCUGGUGCUUGGAUGUAGCCCCAGGACCUAGAGACGUGCUGCUGCCGCGCCGCACGGAAGCCCAGUGCCCACGGGCAUCGGGGUCGGUUACCCAGCUAUUCAGAAUACCUUCCCUGGUGAGGAAAGCAGGGCCGUUCCCUCUUCAGCUUUAUCCACAUGGUAUGUCGCGUUUAGGCACCAGGCCAGUCGCCACGUGCCCAGAGAGCCAAAUGAGAAGGCUGGCGUCUGCCUUACCAUACAGAAGAAACACUAGGCCUAGCCAGUGAUCCCUUUGCUUUUGAUUGUAUAGAAAAUGCUGUUGCCCUUUCUGUCGUUUCCAGUGACUUGUGUUUUCUAAGCACUUUUGCUAUAGAUUGAGUCUUUCCUAGGGAGCAGACCGGAGGGGCUGGCUUGAGCCCUUACUGAAAAUGUUUAUUCUGGUCUGCUCUGGUGAGUCUGGAGGUAUCACAUUCCCAGGCCUCCUUUGGGAGUGGCUUGGUGUGGGGAGCCUUGGGCAAGGUCUGGUUUACUACAUAGUACACAUGGUAAAUGGCCUUAAACUGCUUCUUUGUGGUAUGACGAGUUCUAAUAAACUGACCCUAGAGAAUGCAGUGGCUUUUAAACUGCGGUUACUGUGUUUCCAGUGAAGGAACACCCCCGCUCUGCUCUUCCAGAGCAGCUGUGGGGAGGCUGAAUGAAAGGUGACAGGAAGAGCAGAGCCCUGACGCGCUCCGUGUGCUGCCUCACGGCCAUCUGCAGGGGCGAGUAGACUCUUCUGUGCACGAAGAGCCCUGAGCCAACUCAGAGUCUGCUUUUUUCAACACAGUUCCCAAGUCCCUUUGGCAAAGCUUGGUUGCUUGGCCCAGGCCUUCCAAGGGAGUGUGGGACAUACCCCUGACUCAGGUGGGGUGGCAGCUUGUCUUCACCCUCACGUUAGGUCUCGUUACUCAGUGAUGUUGAACCAAUGGUUAGAAUGAUGGAAAGCAUUCUUGAUGGUUCUUCGCAGGCUACUGGUGCAAUCACCGUGUUGAUUUGGCCAGCGAGCCCACACCGUCUUGAUGAUCCCUCUCUGUAUAAAGGUAGCUAACAUAACAGAAAGGGGGAAGAGAUAGACUAAGAACAGAGAAAUAGCUUAUGGGGAGCUGAGAUCUGUUUUGUUGGCCCAUAUUUUUCCAUUGACCAAUUUACCUGUAAACUGGAAUUUGCAAGAGGUGCUGUGAUCACCCCUUUCCACUGCUGUAAUGGGCACGUAAUCUGAGAAAGGGAGGGAAGGGGAAAUGUAAAUAAAAAUUUUAAAAUGUGA